CACCUCCAAACCUCACGCAGCAACCGCACUCGCACCCACACCCACACCCGCACGCGCGCCCCGCCGCGCCGACACCGUUGCGACCGCUCUUGGAUUGCGCUCCUGCCGGCUGCAUUGCGCAGGCGCCGUCGCCGCCCGCCGAGCCCAACAGCGACAACUACAAUGCGAUAGUCUCAACCAAGGGCUCUGUCACCCGCCACAUCUGCCCAUACGCACCGCAGCUCUCACCCUGGCCAGCUUCCGAGACCUGCUCUUCCCCAGAUUGGCCGCGCGCAGUCGCGCCCUGCGUUGCGAUCAGCCUGCGACUAUCACAAACGCGACUCUGGAGGCCGCCCCCCGAAUAUCCCCUGCAAGCCCCCGAUUCCAGUGAUCCAACCAGCUCAACAUACAGUCGGCACAACCACUUCAGCAGGCGGAGCAAGACAACGGGGAGGCUGCGGAGAGCAGCAGGGGCGGCGCGCGCUCCCACGGGCUGCAGGGCUGGGACCAGAGUAUGCCAGGCAUCUUGAAGAUGAACACCAGCGCGAACGGAGGCCUAGGCGCAAGAGACGUGGAGAGCAGAAAGCGCGCUCAUGACGGCAACAUGGUGAACGGGGAACGAACCCUUGUCAGGAAAGACUCGCCCGCAAGCGCGCCCGCCGUCAGGACCCCCUCGUACAAUGGCGCCGACACAAAUGGGGCUACAUCCGCCGUCAAACAGAUGGCACAGCUACCACCGGAAAUAGACCACGUUCCCGCCGAGGUAUACCACUCCCUCUCGAAGUUGAUCCAACGCAUUUCUCAAGAGACCUAUAACGAGCUCUCGGAAACCCUCAUGCAAAUGAGAGAACUAAAAGCCCCCCAAUUCAAUGGCAAUGUUCCCAACGGAAAUGCUCCACCGACCCCUCAAGAUGUAGAAAUCAGUAAACAAAAGAAGCUUCUGCUCAUGAGAUUCGCGCUAGAUAACAGGGCAAAGUUCAUCAAGCUGUUGGUGCUUACUGAAUGGGGCCGGAAGGCCUCAGUGGAUCUGUCUAAACUGAUCGAUCUUUUCACCUGGGCUGUAAAGCAGAGGGCCAGCCAGGACCAAAUCAGCGACCAGAUCGAAUUCAUGAAAUAUGUCAUGAACGAUGCAAGACAGCUGAACCCUGACAUCACGACCGCGCUAGAGAUUCUGGGUACGGGGAAGGCGGAGUGGAUACCUGAUAUGGGCUUUAUCCCGCCUCCUCCAAUGACGGCAGAGAAGGCGCUCAAAUUGCUUCGAUAUUUGAAUGUCUCACUUUCUACUCGUCUAAUUGUCCACGAAAAACUCCCACACCAGCUCUCUAAAUGGCGGAUAGGAGACGGCCGCGUGACUUUUAUAAUGGACGACGAGUUCGAAUUCGACCUCAUGUCGUUUGUCGAGGAUUCCUCCGAUCAGUUCCACUUCGUUGACAUGAGGCUCUUGUUUUCCCCAGCUCCAGUAAUAUCGGCAGACAGUCGCUUCUUCAACCGCCUACGCACAGGCGUCGAUAAUUUGCUUCGAGAGAAAGGGCUAGAGGUUUGCUUCGGCUAUCUUCUCAACAUCACCCUUUCCCACAAAAUUUUCAUACUUUCUUCACAGGUCAAUGAUCUACUCCGAACAGGGUGGGCCGGCUCACUUCGAUCCGAAUUCGCGCAUCGAGUGCUUUGGAUCCAAUACUGGACGAAUAGACCGGGAAAGAAGAGCUGGAUUGAGAUCGGUGUUGCCAGCAAUAAGUCCAAAGACGGAAAAGUGUCAUGGCGAGGUCCUCCAAUACCAUCAAUAAUUGUGCGUUGGUUCCGCGAAGGUGUACAUGUCCAGGACGUUGAUCUUGGUUUCGAUUGGACUCAUCUGUCCGUGGAGCGCAUGAUGAAGCGGGUCAUAGCCCUUCAUGUUGGGCACCUCUUGCGAAACAUGCAGCAAGCUUUCAGCACCAAUGUGAUCACAAAGGCCUCUUUGUCGGAUACUGAACCCUCAGACUGUCGGCUAGCUGUUUCCAUUGGUUCCAAGGAACAUACGACCAACCUUUCUAUCGAGCCUAUCACAGGUCGUUACACUCUAAGUCCAGCUACUCCUCUCUCGACCCCCGCAGAGAAUGCGAUCAACCGCUCCCACGAGCCGGCAGCAACAAGCAACACAAUAACGCAAGUUUUGGCCCGGUCAAUCUUAGAAUCAAUCCAGCGAUAUUCACAACAGCUUGGGUGGCAGUCUGUUGCACGCCAAGCUCUGCGCAUGGAGGUCGUAAGAGCGGCAGUGAAUCUGGAUGUACUGAGGUUCACACUCUUUUGGCCGAGGGGCUGGUCCACAACCACAGCUCUGGCCGCAAUUGUGGACGCUACUGGCGAAUCGUGGUGGAUAUGCGAGAUUGGCGACAAAGGAUCUACCAUCGUGCAUGCUCAAAGGAUUGCUGUUGAAUGCAUAGACGGUCGUCCGCCUCCGAUCAAUCGCCCGACGCUGUCACGCAUCGAGCGAGUAGCGGUUCAUCAAUUGGCCUACUCUAUCACGGCGCGCGCUUUACGACAAGCAGGGAAAACGUACAGCCUUCGCCACGAGAUUGAAUCGUCACGGCGGCCGGCUUCAUCGGACGGUGUUGUACGGGGUUGGGCGUUGUAUGUCAGAACUCCAGAACUCCUCUCUUCACAGACAGGGGACGACUCUUGGCUAGAACCUGCGAUGCAGAUCACGGGUCAUGGCUUCCGCUCCGAUUAUCGUAAUGUUUGGCACAUUGCGACCGGCACUAUGGUACCCGAAGUCGCCGCCGACAUGCAGAAACUCAUGGCUGCGUCGCCACAAACAAACUUUACAUUUUCAGAAGGUGGCAAGUUCUCGAUACUUCUGUCUACGCCGUUUGGACACGAAGUUGUUAGCGAACUGAAAGCUCGCCUUCGAGAUCUAAACCGUCUACGCUCCUUUGCAACGACACUCGAGAAGCGGAAGAUGAUGCUUAAGUCUUCGUCACUCGAGCAGGUUGAGUUUCAGUAUAGCCAAGGGCUUUCUGUGAAGGUCUUCUUCGGCAAGGGAACAGACAUUCGGGUCAAGUUCGGAGACAAGAACCCCCACAAUCGCAUACACAGCUUCCUUACAGACAUGAUCAAUGAUCGGUCACCUGGUCUUCCGCAGCCAUCGCCUGGCGACAACAAUGGUCUGGAUCGUUUUUGCGCGGCUCUUAUCUGGUCCCGACCUCUUUUGACGGUCCUGAGCGAACUUGAAAAUCGGACACCGGGCAACGUCGAUAACCCAGCUGUACACGUGCAUGAUCUGCGCACUUAUCGCAUCACUUACACCAACCCGCCCUGUUCCUUCGAUAUUAGACUCAAGCCCAAAGACGACCGAGUGCUAUGGGAUAUUGAAGAUAAUGAGGGCAAGCCAGCAGACUUGCGACCGAAGACUGAACGCAGUCCCAAUUUCAAACGGUUAGAGACCUUGAAAUCCGCACUACAGAAAUUGUUCAGGGAGCGAGACGAGCGCUGGUGGGGUGUCCGCACAGGCAUCAUUGCUGAUAUCGAUGGGGUCCCAGAUGCGCUGAGGAAGUUGAACGAAGUCGUCAUCGGCUGCUAUGUGGAGGGUGGCGUCAAGCAGGAGGCCGCCGACAGUAAUGCACCGAUUACCGCAGCUGCACCUGCCAGGCAACCCAACAGCUCGAACCCGGCCAACCGACCCAAUGGCAACGCUGCCGCGAAUGUUAAGAAACUCCCAGCUGGGCGGGGUGGCGGCAAAAACCACGAGGUGAUCACAAUCGACUAGUGGAGGACCGACUAAGGGUCUGUCUCGCCCUUAUUUGAGCAUGUGUUGCAUUUCCGGUGCGGGUGGGGACUUUUUAACGGAGUUUUGCUUGCCAAAAGGCAGUGGCGCUUUUACGCGUAUUUGAAUUUUGGUGCGCUUGGGGAUACCUUUGGGUGAGGAUCAGUUUGCCGUCAGCCAGGCACUGACCGCCCGGCUUUUUUUGGACAUUUGCCAUGUAUCAUAGAUUUCCGGGGCAGUUGUGGCACGAAAGGCUUGCUUUGUAUGAUAAUGCCUGUUGGGGUCCCAUGAACUGACUUGGGUCGCGUAAUGAAUGAAUACAUAACUAUAGUGAAUAUUUGGAGU